AUGCGUGUCUAUCCUCUCUUCAUGUCGAUUGCACUUGCAACUACCUGCGCUGCUACUUUGGUUACAUCGCAAACCGACAGAAGUGCGAUCGUGGUCAACUCGGCUGAUGUUGUUCUCAAUCCUGUACUUGCGACGAGUGAUCAGACGCAGUUUAAGCGAAGACUUCGUGCCGCGUAUGGCUUUAGUCAACUAGCAAGUGGCGAUAAUCAUGAUGAGGAGAGGACUCCAAUCGGUGGGAAGAUGAGUUGCAGAGUUCAUUGA